UUCUCCCCCAAUUCAAAUCAUCUUAAACCCUCAAUUUCCUUUAUCCUAAACUUUCUAUCUCUUUCAAAUUUUAUCCACUACGCCAAAUACUUUCAAAACCAACAUGGAAAUGUCGUUGAUCGUAGCUUCUCCGGUCAAGUUUUCUCAAUUAGGCAAUAAUAACAACAAUAACAGCAUUCCGAUGAUCAUUUGUUCAUCUUCUACCAAGUCGCGGAUUGGUUUUUGUCAAAUAACCAAAUGCCCUAAUGUGUCUCUUAAGGUUGCAACUCGAUCUAUUUCUAUUUCUCAUUCUCAUCAUGCAGUAUCCAUCAAGGCUUCCGAGGAUAACGCCAUAUCGAAACCUAAAGAUGGCGUGAAGUUAUAUGUUGGAUUACCGAUGAAUUCAGUGUCUGAUUGCCACGCAAUAAACCAUUCACGAGCAAUAUCAGCAGGACUUAGGGCUUUAAAGUUAUUAGGAGUCGAAGGUGUAGAGCUCCCAAUUUGGUGGGGAGUUGCAGAGAAAGAAGCAAUGGGAAAAUACCAAUGGUCAGGCUACCUUACUCUUGUAGACAUGAUUCAAAAAGCAGGUCUUAAGCUUCAUGUUACCCUCUGCUUCCAUGGCAGCAAACAAGAAAACAUCCACCUCCCUAAAUGGGUUUCUGAAAUUGGGCAAUCUGAACCGGAUAUCUUCUUUGCUGAUCGCUCAGGGAAGCGUUAUAAAGACUGUUUGUCUUUUGGUGUUGACGAUCUUCCUAUUUUUCAUGGCAAAACCGCCAUGAAUGUCUAUCAAGGAUUCAUCGAGAGCUUCAAGACAUCCUUCUCUCCAUUCAUGGGCUCCACAAUCACAGGUAUAACAAUCGGUAUGGGCCCAGAUGGUGAGCUUCGAUACCCAUCUCAUCAAGAUCAAAACAAGAAUAAAAUCAGUUUAGGAGCAGGGGAAUUUCAAUGUUACGAUCAAAACAUGAUGAACAAUCUCAAGAAACAUUCCGAAAAUCAUGGAAACCCUAAUUGGGGACUUUCUGGUCCACACGACGCCCCAAGUUACAACCAACAUCCCAUCAUCAACACCUUCUUCAAAGAAGGAGGAUCAUGGAAGACCCCAUACGGGGAUUUCUUUCUUUCAUGGUAUUCAACCCAACUUGUCUCUCAUGCUGACAAGAUCCUGUCAAUGGCUGCCUCAUCUUUUAGCGACACUCCAGUCAUACUGUCGGGAAAGCUUCCUCUUAUCCACUCAUGGUACAGAACCCGGUCCCAUCCAGCUGAGGUGGCAGCAGGGUUUUGUAACACCGUGAACAGAUAUGAAGAAAUUAUAAAAGUAUUUCAUAAAAACUCGUGUAGAAUGAUAUUGCCAGGAAUGGAUCUUUUGGAUGAACAACAGCCAAAUGAGUUGUGUUCGAGUCCUGAGAUGCUUCUUGAAGAGAUAAGAGAUGGUUGCAGAAAGAAUGGAGUUGAGGUUUGUGGUCAGAAUUUGGAGAUUGCAGGAAACAGUGAGAGUUUUGAACAGAUUAGGAAGAAUUUGGUGGGUGGGAAUGGAAUUGAAGUGUUUGUUUACCAGAGAAUGGGGGCUGAGUUCUUUUCGCCUGUAAACUUUCCUUUGUUUUCAGCAUUUGUUAGGAGAAUUAAGGAAUUGGAAUUGGAAUUGGAUUCCGAUGAUUUGGGUGGAAAUGGGAGAGAUAGUGCUGUAUUUGUACCUGGUAAGAACCGAAAAAUGCAAGCUGCAUAGAGUUGUGAUGAUUUUAGAUGUAUUCCUGGAGAGUGUAUAGAAAUUAGUUAUCUUUGAAAAGUUGUACAUUUGCAUGCA